GGAACUCUUGAAGCACACGGCAGGCGUGGAUUUAAUGUCCAUGACUUGCCUCGGAGUUUUCACGGACAUCACACUUCUUAUUGCCUCUCGGCGUUGAUCUCAGACCUCAGAUCAGUGUGUGUCGGAAAGGGUUGACGAGCUCUGAUGUUGUCGGUACACUCCUUGGGAAGCUCCAGGGACUCUUUGCUUUGGAAAAGGACGUGAGUUCAGUUCAUGCAUGAGUCUAUGGAAGAAGAUCGUACCCGUGACUCAGAUCCCACUCCGCUCACCUGGGAGCACAUGUCGUGUCAAAAUGCACAGACAUGAAGCGGGCGACAUGUUGCAUCCACACGAUCUGCGUUGCGUAUCGAUGGGUAAAAAGAACGAAUGGGUCGUCCACAUUGAGAGGACGAAGGAACGAAGGCUGAGGGAGGGAGGGAGGGAGGGAGGGAAUAGAUAA